AUGGCGUCUUUCUCGCGCCUCAUCCGCUUCCUUGCCCGUGAUGGCCAUAUUUACUAUGGCGACGCCAUUCUCCCCGCUCACACAACCGAUAUCCGCGCUGCCACUACCGCCCGAAUCAUUACCGGCGAUAUAUUCGGCACGCACUCACUCACCAACCGCACUGCCUCCAUCCGACUCCUCCUCUGUCCCCUGUCUCCCACCCAAAUUGGCACAAUCCGCUGUUUAGGCCUCAAUUACGCCAAACACGCCGCCGAAUCCAAAAUGCCACUCCCCAAAUACCCAGUCCUCUUCUACAAACCCGCCACCUCCGCUUCCGGACCUACGGACCCAAUUCCUAUCCCACUAAUGGCGCAAGAAGCCGAAGGGGUGGACUAUGAAUGUGAAUUAGUAGCUGUCAUUGGCAGAGAAGCCCGCGAUGUCCCCGAAGCAGGUGCACUAUCUUAUGUACUCGGCUACGCCGUCGGGAACGACAUCUCACACCGUGAAUGGCAGAUCGCGCGUGGUGGUGGGCAGUGGGCUCUGGGCAAAGGAUUCGAUGGCUGGGCACCUUUUGGACCUGGGAUUGUGUCUACGGAGCUGAUUCCCAAUCCUCAGGAUUUAAAUCUCACUACGAGGCUGAAUGGAAAGGAGAUGCAACAGAGUCGGACAAGCGAUAUGAUCUUCGGUGUGGCGAAGACGAUUAGCUUUUUGAGUAGGGGCACGACACUGAGACCGGGAGAUUUGAUCUUUACAGGGACGCCCCAAGGCGUGGGGAUGGCAAGGAACCCGAAGGUCUGGUUGAAGGACGGAGAUGAGGUUGAGGUUGCAUUAGAGGGUGUGGGGACAUGUUUUAAUAAGGUGGAGUUUGAGAAACAGAAGGCAAAGUUAUAA